AUGAACUCGCACGAACGCGACUCCAUUGAGGGGGAGCCGCUUCUGGCGGGCGAGGAACGCGACAAGGUUGACAUUGACAACAGGGAGACCCCGUCCGACCCCGACCAUGGCGAUUCGUUUCGCACCGGCGAUGGAAAGCUUGGCCGACGCGGGCUUGCUUCUCGGUUCCGGGACCGGAAACGCACCACCGUCUUGGGCCUGCUGGCCGUCCUUACGUUCGUCGUCACCACGAGCGGCAUGCUCUUCCUCGUCCCCAUAUUCCGCCUCAUGGAAGACGCCGUCUGCCAUCUUCACUACGAAAAGCCCAAGUCCGAGCCCGUCGAGGAACGGAUGUGCAAGGUCGAUGCCGUGCAAAAGGAGCUGGCCUUUCUGGGUGGCAUUGGCGCCAUGAUUAACUCUGUCGUUGGCCUUAUCGCGACACUCCCGUACGGCGUCUUGGCCGAUCGAAUCGGUCGCAAACCUACCUUCACCCUCGCGUACGUUGGCAUUGUCCUGUGUUUCUCGUGGGGUCCCCUGAUUCUCAGCAUCGGCGAGUUUCCCCACGUGCACCUCUCGGUUUUCGGCCCCCUUUUCUUCCUUAUCGGAGGCGGCAUCCCGGUCGCACUCAACACUCUUCACGCCAUGGCUUCUGACAUCAGCUCGGACGGCGAUAAAGCGACUGGUUUCCUGUGCCUCUCGUUCGGCGCCGUUUCCGGUGGCCUCAUUGGUCCCGUCUCGGCGGGGUUGUUGAUGGAACACCUGGGGCCUUGGGCCCCCGUACGACUAGUCUUUUGCCUCACGCCAUUCGUCUUCAUGUUGGUCAUCUUUCUCCCAGAGACACUUCCCAUCAGUCUACGGGAAACGACCACGGAGGAAGAACGGCGGCCACCGGCCAAAAGAGUCCGCGAAGAGAUCAAGGAGCUCGGUAUAUCCUUUUCCCUGCUCAAGAACCGCAACAUCGCCCUGUCGCUGCCGGCUUUUCUGGUCCAGCCCGCGCUUUUCGCGGCUUACUCGUCGACCAUGGCCCAGCACAUCAGCACAUACUUUGGCUGGACUCUCGCACAAACCAACUAUCUCCUCGCCCCCCUUGGGGCCCUGCAACUCGUCGUCAUCGCCCUGCUGCCUCUGAUUUCCGGUUUCUUGACGAAACAGUCUGGGCGUUUCCGCCUGUCAGUCUUCUCUAAGGACCUCUUGCUCGCCGAAAUCUCGUUCAUCUUCCUCGUCUUGGGAGCGAUCCUCGAAGGGUGCAGCAGGGAAAUUGUUCUGUUUCUCAUCGGCCUCACAAUUGGCACCCUUGGCUCCUCCCAAGGACCGCUGUGUCGGGCCAUUGCCACAAGCUACGUCGAACCCCAGCAGACGUCGCGACUGUACGCCUUGAUCAGCAUGUUGGAAACGGGCGGCGCCUUUCUGGGGGGCCCGGUCCUGGCAUGGUGUUUCAACAUUGGGCUGUCGAGAAAGGGCUUAUGGACUGGAUUACCGUGGUUCUACGUGGCCGGGCUCGUCCUUUUGGCCUUUCUCUCGCUACUGUUUCUGCGGGCGCCUAGAAAUAAGACAAUCGCCGUUGGCCCGGAGAGCGAAAGUAACGAAGAAUUUGGAUACCAGUCAGCGGAGGAACCGGUUUAG